CGGAAGUAAAGCAGCGUACACAGCGCUGGCGGUGAACACACGUGGGUACAGACGUUUAUCGAAGUAAUGUGGUAGAGUUAAUUUAACCAGGAAACAUGUCGAAAAGAAAGCCAGCCAUGUCAGAAGAAAAUACCGGUUCUGAAGUGGGAGCCGCAGAGGAGGAGGUCCAGGAUCCCCCGGAGACCAGACGGACCCGCAGCGGCCGCAAAGUGCGCACUCCUGCCGCACUGCUGGACUCAGAACCCCCGGUGAGGACUCCCAGCCGGAGGACAAGGAAGUCUGUCCUGCAGGAGCUGCCGGUUGUAGAAGAGAAAAACACGGGGGAUUCAGGUCGGAAACUCGAGAGUGAGACCGAGGAGAAGCUCGGUAUGUCUGCAGAACCGGAGGUGUGUACCGGGCCGGAGCCUGCGGAGCUGCAGACGGAGGCUGCGGCAGAGACGGACGCAGCCGGGGUUAACGGCGGCGGAGAUACGCAUCAGUCCGGACCUGCCCCGGCAGAAACGGCACCCACGAGUCCCGAGACCGUCCCAUUAGAGAAGAAGCCUCGUUUGGCUUCUAGCGGAAAACACAAUCCGGUCAUCCCGCUGGGAAAGCCCAAAUCUGGGAGAACAUGGAAGAACCGAAACAAACAGAGGUGA